UACGGAGCGAGCAUUUCACUGCGAUCCUUCCCGCUCUCAGUCGAGCGUAUAGAAACAGUCCAUAGCAGCACUCCGCUCCAGACCCUAUGUCAGCGGUAGCAUUACCUUCCAGUAAUCUUACCUGCCAUCCAUAGGUCGUGUUUCAUUAAUACAUGAAGUUCUGGGAUGCAGAUUGGAUUGGUGUGAGGAGAAUCAAAUAUAUAUCUACGCUGGAAAUACGUGAUUUUCUAAACAAACUCUGCAGCUACUAUGAUGGAGCCCAACCCAGAUCAACAAAAGCUAAACACGCACAUUGUCAUCCCUGUCCCAGAGGAAGGCACGGGACCCCAUCGGACCAAACUCCAAAGAUUUAAACAAACAUGUGGCAAAAACGUGAAAGAAAACCUAAUUUUGAUUCUAUUGUUGGGAUCUGUUGUGAUGGGAGUCGCUAUUGGGUUUGCGGUACGUUCUGGAACGAAAAUGACAAAAAGAGAAAUUAUGUACCUGUCUUUUCCGGGAGAAAUGUUGAUGCGAAUGUUGAAAAUGUUGAUUCUACCACUGAUAGUGUCCAGUUUGAUAGCAGGUAUCGCCGGCCUGGACGCCAAGACUUGUGGCAAGAUGGGUUUGAGAACAAUGGCGUACUUUGCGACAACUACGCUUUUGGCGGUCAUUCUGGGAAUAACUAUGGCCGUCAUCAUUCAGCCUGGCCGGAAUGCUGACCGGUCAAAAAUUCAGCGAUAUGGAAAAACAGAAAAACUGAACACUGCCGACACUUUCCUAGACCUUAUCAGAAACCUGUUUCCAGAAAAUCUCAUCGUCUCUUGCAUCACCGGAUAUAGGACCGCGUUAAAAGAAGAGGUUAUCGAGAAGAAAAUUCUCAAUAACACGUUCAAUGGGACCGGCUAUAAUGACAGCAUCAUCCUGGCGAACGGAACCAACCACACCAUCGAUGAACUUGCUACAAUUGUGCGCGAGGUAAUAUCGGUUCCAACGAAGGGAGAGACUGGGCAGGUGAACAUACUUGGUCUUGUCGUUUUCUCUGUAUGCAUGGGUGUCAUCAUCGGUCGAAUGGGUCCCCGGGGGAAGCCCAUUGUUGACUUCUGCAACUGCCUGGUCGAGGCUACCAUGAACCUCUUCAUCGUCUUCAUCUGGUAUUCUCCUGUAGGUAUCAUGUUUUUGAUAGCAGGAAAGAUAGUGGCUAUGGAAGAUUUCAGUGUCCUCCUGACCCAGGUGGGACUUUACUUCCUCACCGUGCUGUGUGGACUGUUCCUCCACGGCGCCCUCGUCCUUCCCGGACUCUACUUCCUGUGUACCAGGAAAAACCCAUACAAGUUUAUGUGUGGAAUUUUCCAGGCCAUGGCUACCGCGUUCGGAACAUCUAGCAGUUCCGCCACCAUGCCCGUCACUCUACAUUGCCUGGAGCAUAAUAACCACAUCGACCCCCGUGUGAGCACGUUUGUGAUCCCCGUAGGAGCAACCAUUAAUAUGGAUGGCACUGCCCUGUAUGAAGCCGUUGCUGCACUUUUCAUUGCACAGGUCAACGCUGUGUCUAUGUCGUUUGGUCAAAUUGUUACUAUCAGCAUCACCGCCACGGCUGCUUCAAUCGGGGCGGCAGGUGUACCCCAGGCUGGACUCGUUACCAUGGUGAUCGUUUUGGCUGCUGUUGGACUUCCUAUCGAUGACAUCACACUUAUCCUCGUCGUUGAUUGGUUCCUCGACCGUUUCCGUACUAUGACCAACGUGACAGGAGACAGUCUCGGAGCAGGGCUCGUAUACGAAUUAUCAAAACACGAGUUAGCUCCCUUGGAAGCAGAAGAAGCCGGACCUACUGCAGUUACGACGGACAACCCAGGAUCAAAUAAAGCAGUCUCUAAUGGGACCGACUCCAUGACGGCUGUGUAAAACGUAGCAUUACGUCAUAUCUUUCCGAUGAUCAACGAGCCGAUGUCGAAUGACGUUAUGAUGACGUCAUUUGAUGCUUGUCGUUUGCAAUUAUAAGACGAUUGGUGCAAGUUUUGGAUUUCUGAGGAGAGCGUGCGUAUUAAAAAAAAUGUACGGAAAAGACGCACUUGAGAGAAAUAUAUCAGGUUCUUUUGCUAGCCGGCAGCAUACCAAACUUACACAAACGGAAUUAUGUCACCCACCCAAGGUUGUGCCACAAACGGAAUUACGUUACCUACCCAAGUUUGUGCAUGUUUUAUUUCCUGUAGAGAGCUGUAUUGUGUACUGUUUGGUUUUAGUUACACAUUCUUGAAUUUCAAACAAGAAUAUUUUGAAUGGCUAAAUAUAUAAGCUAAAUUUGAAAACAAAGCACUAACUUCAAAUUAAAAGAAUUAGGCAAAUAUGAUACCUAAAUAAUAACGCACCAAAACUAAAGAAGAUAUUAUUUAUGUGGCCAACCAGAUUUUGCAUAUUCUAGUC